UUCUGAUAUUAUUCCCCACUUUCUCAGAAACCCAGUCCCCCUUUGUUUCUCUCUUUUUCUUGUUAUUCUACCCUUUUUUUCCAAAUCAUGCUGUCUUGCUUUCCAGGGUUGUCCAUCCUGCCCUUCCUGAUGGGCUUUGUCCUUGCGACCUGCUUCACCGUCACUUACGCUGUUGCUGUGGCCAAAAGCGACGUCUCUGCGCUCUUCCCUUACAUCAGUGACACUGGCGCCGAGCCGCCGCAGAGCUGCAUCUUUACACUUUGCCUCAACAUUGCCUCCUUCAUUGGCAUCAUCAUCAUCUACAUCCGUUACCGCAUUGUUAUCGACUACUCGCGAGACUAUGACGGCGUCCGCACGCUCAACUUCCGCAGCCUGUUCCUCGGCUACAUUGCAAUGUUCGGCAUGAUGGUCGUUGGCGCCUUCCAGGACACGGCCGUGCUCACGGUGCACCUCAUUGGCGCUGGCAUGGUGUUUGGAUGCGGCUGCAUUUACGCCAUCAUCCACUGCGUCAUUUCUCGUCGCAUGGGCGUUGCCGGCAACAUUUUGCUCGUCCGACAGGUCUGCGCCAUCCUCAGCGCUUGCGCGCUCGUGUCGUGCGUGUCUGCGGCCGCGUUUGCCUACUUUGAAGGUGAUCGCCCCUCUGGCUCUGGCACGGCCAUCUGGGACCAGGGCACGAAGGGCUUCACCGCCCAUGUCGUGAGCACCUUCUCCGAGUGGAUUAUGGGCACCGCCUUCCUCAUGUUCUUCAUGACCUUCCAUCGCGAGUUCAAGCCUCUGACGCUGGACGUCCUUGUCAAAUCCAUCGAAGGUCCUCACCACGCCGAGCUCAAGCCCGACAGCACCUACGAAGACGAGUCAUAUCGUCGACCGCUCAUCAACCAUUGAUUGAUUGAUUGAUUGAUUUGCAAUGCUUUGUUUUUUUUUUUUUCUUUUCUCGUUCGUUCCCAGUGUUGUGGUUUUUGUUUUCGCGGACAAACGACCGCACACACAAGAGCCUCAUCCUUAUGAUUGUUUCUUGAUCCAUUGUUGUUGCUGAAUGUCGAUGUUGAUGUUGUUACGGUGCUGUCGUGCUAAUCUGUGUGCUUGACUUUAAGUUUUUUUUUUUUUUGCCAUUGGAAAUUGGUUUUGCAAUUCCAUUCUAACACAUCAAACUACACUCAACAAAAUAAAGCUCACUCUCACUUUGCA